CUCUGAGGACUCACUCUGACGAAGAGCCAUUGCAUUGGCGCACAAGCAGCCAUGUCUGCCCUCUUUGAUUUCCAGUCCUUCCUGACCGUGGUCCUGCUCUUCAUCUGCACCUGUACCUACCUGAAGCUUAACUUUCCCAAGCUGUUGGAGGAGAAGACGGGAUUCAGGGGUUUCUUUUGGAAGGCUGCACGGAUUGGCGAGCGGCUGAGCCCUUGGAUGGCUGCCAGCUGCCUUGUCAUGGGCACAUACCUGCUUCUCUGGUGAUUGGCGUGCAUGGUCAGGAGCUGCGGGGACUCAGGGCGCACGGUUUGCUAAAGGGUGGUGCAGAAGAUAGGAAAGAGGCAUGAGCCAUGGAUGCAACCGAGCUCAAGCGUUUGAAAGAAGAGUUUGUGAGCAAUCUCGAAGGCACCACCAUGCUCGAGAUCUCAAGCGUGAUGGGGCUGACACCGGUGGCUGUCUUCUUCCGACUGGUGCUUGCCGCUUUCCUGGACCAGACUCAAGGAACAAAGAGAAGCCGUACGGGCAAACACCGCGAUUCGACGAAGGCUGCAGCCUCAUCUCAGUCCACGCUCCUGGAUUUUCUUGUUAUCGUGAUGCCCACUCUCUACUGCAUGACUCAUCCAGAAGCCGUCUGGCCCUCCAUUCUCUUCUUCUCCGUGGCAUCCGCCUUUCUGGUCCUCAUAGCCAAGAGGCAGUGGGCGUCUGACAUCUUAUGCUUUCCCUGCCCCUCAAGACAUGUCCUAGCGGGUAUCGCCUCCCCCAAGAAGCCGUUCCUUUCGAAGUACCGAGCAAGCAUGAUGCUUCUCACUGUUAUCGCAAUCCUGGCGGUCGACUUCGAUAUCUUUCCAAGGCGGUUUGGCAAGGCGGAGACUUUCGGGACCGGCCUGAUGGACGUCGGCGUGGGUUCGUUUGUGGUGGCCAACGGCGUUGUAUCGCGAGAGGCGCGCGGUGUGCCCACGCCCCCCAGGGGUGGUCUGCGCCGGACGUCCCCCUUACUGCUGCUCGGCUUUGCGCGACUGGCCGCCACCAAGGCGGCGGGGUACCAGGAGCACGUGGGCGAGUACGGCACGCACUGGAACUUCUUCUUCACGCUCGCGGCCGUGGAGCUGCUGACGUCAGCGGCGCCGAUAGGCCCCGGACGGGCGGGCCUGGUCGGAGCGGUGGUGCUGGCAGGGUAUCAGGCGGUGCUUUCCAAGAGCAACCUGAGCGAGGUGCUCAUGUCCAACCACAGGGGGGCCUCUUUGCUGAGCCAGAACAAGGAGGGGGUGGCCAGCGCCUUCGGUUACUGGGCGCUGUACCUUCUGAGCGUCCAGCUCGGCCGAUUCUUUGCCACGUCAGCAGCACAUGCCGCACAAGAACUCGCCCCGGGGAAGACGGGGGAAUCUCGGGAGAGCGACCUGCAAGCGGGGCGGCACUGGUGGCGAUUCGCCGGAAAGGUCUGGGGGCUGCAGCUGGCGCUGUGGGUGUGUACCAAUCUGGCGGAUGCCUACAUCGAGCGGGUUUCUCGACGAUCGUGCAAUCUGGCGUACGUGCUGUGGAUGCUGGCCUUCAACCUCCAGGCAAUCUCCAUGUUUGUGACCUUCGACCUGCUCCUCCCGCCCCGGUCGUACUCCCUCCUGGACGCCAUCGACUAUAACCUGCUCCCGAUCUUUUUGCUGGGCAAUCUUCUCACGGGCCUGGUCAACAUGAGCAUUGACACUCUGCACACGCCCCGUGCCCAUGCUUUCAUCAUUCUGACGUUGUACAUAGGGGUAGUCUCUUGGACAGCAUGGGUAUUGCACCGGACGCGAGUACGCUUGGCAUUUUGGUGAGGGCAUGGCCAGAACGUUGGUCACCUCCGCUUAACGAAAUUCUUGUCAUACGCACAAAUGGAGGUCUUUCAGGUGGAACCGUGGUUCGUAUGGAUCCAGAUCUGGAUUCUUGCUUGCGUGGAUACAGCUUCCAAUAGCCCAACUCUGUAUCCUGCUUGUCGGACCAGAUCACCUCAAUUUCGAGGAGUGCUCCCUUGCCACAUUUCUGCCAAGCAAGCGGAUGUCGAUGAAGUGCGGUA